GUAAAUAUUGUCAGCGGCGGAGCGCGCGAGACACACCGGCUCAUUCUUCCGGAUGCUGUUACCGUAACUGACCGCUCUUAACGGGACUACCGAUGGAUUUUUACCGGGUUACGGUCUCAUUUCGCCCGUGACCAGAACCGAGGACACCGCUGUUUUCUGGGAUUCAUUACGUGAAUAUCUUCCGGGUGUAUUUUCAUUGUUUUGGGGGAGACGUCACGCGCAGCAUGCUGCUCUCUAAACUGGGCUCUCACAUCUCCUCCAGCAUGGACCUGCCGGCGAAGCUCCAUCAAGCCAAAGCGGAGAAGCAGCCGUUUGAGAAGCUGUACCGGCUCGGGUCGGUGCUCGGCAGCGGAGGAUUCGGCACGGUGUACUCGGCUGUCCGCCUCGCAGACGGGCUGCCGGUGGCGGUGAAGCACGUGUGCAGAGACAGAGUGACUGAGUGGGGCUCUCUGUGUGGCGCAGUGGUCCCUCUGGAGAUUGUGCUGUUAAAGAAGGUGGGAGGGGCGUUCGGCGGCGUGGUGCGGCUCCUGGACUGGUGGGAGCGGGCGGACGGCUGGCUGAUGGUGAUGGAGUGCCCUGAGCCAGGGCAGGACCUGUUUGAUUACAUCACAGAGCGUGGCGCACUGGACGAGGAGGCAGCACGCGGCUUCUUCCUGCAGGUGCUGGAGGCAGUGCGUCACUGCUACACCUGCGGCGUCGUCCACCGAGACAUCAAGGACGAGAACCUGUUGGUGGACUUGAGGACUGGACAGAUCAAACUCAUCGACUUCGGCUCGGGGGCCCUCCUCAAAGACACCGCCUACACAGAGUUCGAUGGUACACGUGUGUACAGUCCUCCAGAGUGGAUCCGGUUCCGCCGGUACCACGGCCGCUCGGCCACUGUCUGGUCUCUCGGCGUGCUGCUGUACGACAUGGUUUGCGGGGACAUCCCCUUCGAACAGGACGAGGAAAUCCUGAGAGGACGGGUCUACUUCAGACGCCAACUCUCCUCAGAGUGCCAGCAGCUGAUUGGCUGGUGUCUGAGCCUGCAGCCGUCUGACCGGCCGACUCUGGAGCAGAUCCUCCUCCACCCCUGGGUGACGGUCAGCAACGGACAGCAGACAGACAACAAAGGCAUCACGCUUCACGCCAUCACAGCGGACUCUUCCUCCUCCUCUUCCUCCUCCAGCCAGCAGAGCCUCUGAUUGGUUCAUGAGAGGCUGCCAGGGGGCGUGGCGUGGACUUGACUGACGGCAGCCUCCUGGUGGCGGUUGAAUUCUCUCGUGCUUGCGAGUUUGUCACCUUAAGGAAAUGUUUCCAGCUGACAGGAGCGAGUGGCGGUCACAGGUCAGGAUGACAUUGACUCUGUGCUGCUCCACAGCGCCCCCUCCUGGUCACAGACUGUGAUGCAGCUCUAAUGGAGCCUCAACACCUGUCUGGUGAUCCUGUUUCAGAGUGCCUUGAAUUUGACAGCUGCUGUGACUGGAGUGUUGCCACGGUAACCAGCUGCAGCCCAGGAGACAGUGUGGAGAGUUCGUCAGCGACUCCUUUAGUUAACAUGACAAACUGACCCAAAAUAAAUGUGGUGAAGUCACAGAAGAACCCAGACUGGUUGUCCUCCAAUGCAAAGAACAGGCAGACGGCAAAGACAAGAAGUAGCUCCUCCUGGAGGACCCCGAGGUGUUCCCAGGCCAGAUGAGAUAUAUAAUCCCUCCAGCGUGUUCUGGGUCUGCCCCGGGGCCUCCUACCAGUGGGACGUGUCCGGAACACAUCUACCAGGAGGCGACCAGGAGGAUCCUGAUCAGAUGUUGAACCACCUCAACUGACCCCUUUUGACAUGAAGGAGCAGCGGCUCUACUCCGAGCUCCCUCCAGAUGUCCGAGAGCUCCUCCCCCUAUCUCUAAG